GGACUUUCGAAACUGCUCAUGGUAGAUCCGUAAGUUCCGGUUGUAACUUAUUCCCGGCAACAGGGAUGGGGGACCAGGGCUCCGUUUUCCUACCCUCUUCGCGGAGGCGCCUGCAGGAGCUGUUUGGGGCUUCGCCGCAGCAUAUUAGCUCAAAACCUUUCGAGACCAGUUCUGUUGCUAUUGGUUGCGACGCUUACGUAGAGCCCUAUCCAGAACUUGUUGCCGAUGACCAGCGACCGCUUAGCCAUGAAACAUGGGUAGCUGCUGGGCUAGAUGUAGCUCGGCGUCUGCAAUGCAGUCACGGAGGCUGGGUACUUACGCGUUGUACAGAGGCUGGGGAGCGCGCGGCGGUCGUCCAGUUGCUCGUUUACAAGGCCGAUUGCGCUCCCAUCUCAAGCCCAGCUCCGGCAGCGCAAACAGCGUAUACUUCAUCCGCAUCCAUAGGGGCAGCGGGGAGGCCACAAGUCGUUCUCGCCCCGCUCUUGGCUUACAACCUCGGGCUGCCGUACACCGUCCAGCCAUUCCUCGACCCUCCGCCGGAGGACACCGCGCCAGCACCCCAAGUCACACCCCCUACCGCCACUGCAGCAAUCCAACCGAAGUCCUGCUUCCCGAACGGCCCCAACGCACCGCCCCAGCCGCCCCGACUCUUAGUCCUACAACUUACCCAGCCCCUGCAGCUUCAAUCCCUGACAUCCGCCCUAGACGAUGCAGCACUGUACUCCUCUUCCGCCGUACCUCGGUUUAGGCUGGACGCUGUACGGCAGCGCCCAGGUACGACAGCUGCUCCCGGCGCAGGCUCCCCCACUGCCGACGCGGUUCAGCUUUGCAAGGUGGGGGUGCCGCGGACCGCCCCCUUAGCCUCGGCGGCCGCAGGCGCAUUGGGCCCAAAUGGCAGCAGCAACAAAAACGGGGGAUCCGGAUCAGGAGGAGCAGGAGGAGGAGGUCCAGACAAGGUGGCGCCUGGCGGUGGUGGCGGCACGGGUGCGGGAUUCCCCGCGGCGGCGGCAGGGGUGGCGGAGGAUGAGGGCGGCGAGGACGGCCCCGCUUCCGCGCCCUCUUCCUCGGGUGUGCGGGAUGCAAUGGCUGGGUCGCUGCAGCGCUUCUUUCAGCAGCGGGACAGAUAUGUCACCCCGGGGGACAUGCUGGCAGUGCCGCUGCUGCCCUCACAUCUCUGCGGCCCCGCAUCGGCACCGGCAGCAGCGGGGGCAGCAGCAGCAGCAGCUCCAGCCCCAGCGACCCAGGGGUCACUCGCCAGCCGCCACAGCACCACUGGCAGCGGCAGCGGCGGCGGCAGCGGCAACGCCUCCCGGCCUAGACUUGUGUACUUCAAGGUGACGGAGGUACGGCAGGGGCAGCAGACGUGUGGUACGGCUACUCCCGCUGCUGGUGCUGCUGGUGCUGCUGGCGGCACCUCCUCCUCUUCCACUCCUUCCUCCUCCUCCUCCCCUUCUUCCCCUCCGCGGCUGCCGCUGCUGGUCAGCCCGGCCAGCACCCGACUGGCGCUGCAGGGCGGCCUCUGCCGCGCCCCCCUGCCGGUUGGCUGCGAGGCGCACCCGCACCCCCAGCCACACCCCCACCGGAUGCCCGCACCGCCCUGCUCCUCCGCCCCCUCCCUGGCGCCCCCGCCGCUGCCGCUGCUAGGCUGCGACCCCGCAGCACCGCUGUGUGGGCUGCUGCUGCCGCCGCCCUCCUGCUCCUCAGUCUCUACCUCCGCCUCAACAGGGGGCAUGCAACAGCAAGGGGGGCAGCAGGGGGGGCAGCAGGCGGAGGUGCAGCUGGGUCCGGGUCUGGUGGGGACUCCCGGGCCGCUGCUGCCCGCUUGGAGGAGUGUGGCGCAGCUGCUCGCUCCCCUGCUCCACCCCGCCACCCUCCACCUUGACCUCCCGCCCGUCACCCUGCUGCUGUACGGGCCCCCCGGCAGCGGCCGCCGUACCGCCGUACGAGCAGCCGCCGCCGCGCUGGGCCUGCACCUGGUGCCCGUGUCCUGCCAUGAGCUGGCUCCCCUGGAGCGACAGCAGCAGCAGCAGCAGGGGGGCGCGGAGGGGGGGCCGGGGGGGGUGGCUGGCGGGCUGGCGGGGGUGCUGGGGGCGGCGGAGAGGUUCGCACCGGCACUGGUGCUGCUGCAGGACCUGGAGGCCCUGGUUGGCACCCGCAGCGCUGCCGACUCCGCCUCCCCCGCAGCAGCAGCAGGGGGCAGUGGAGGUGCUGCCUCGGCGGCUCAGCGCUGCGCGGAGGUGCUGAGGGAGGCGUG